AAACACAUUGACCCAUCUCACAAGACAAACAUUCGAUUUCUUUGCUCUGUCACACCGAUCACAAUAUUGAUCAAAGGAGCAUGUCAUGGUAUCUUAUCAAAAUUGGGACAAUCGUCAUAUCAAUUGAAGAAAGAGCACAAGACACAUAGUCUGUUAGUCUCUCACUGACCUCUUUUUUAUUCGAUUUAAUAUGCUCCAAGAGCCCACUUCUUCUACUUUGACAUGCAAAAUUUGUUGUGAACCAGCUCAUGGUGUUCAUUUUGGGGUUGCUUCUUGUCGAGCAUGUGCAGCAUUUUUUCGAAGAACAACCGUACUUGGAAAGAAGUAUACAUGCCGUCAGAAAAAUGAAAAAUGUACAACAAACAACGAAGAUAGAUUUAACUGCAGAUAUUGCCGUUACCAAAAGUGUCUCUCAAAUGGAAUGACACCUGAAAAUGUCAAAUAUAAUUAUGAUGCAGCUGUUCAUUACAACAAGAAACCAUCUCCUAAAAUGAAAAUCGAUGCUCACGAGCCACCAUCCGACCCAAGUUCUCCGGUGAAUUCAGAUCAUAAAAUAUGUGUUCCUCAGACGAAGGAUGUUACUUAUGAAGUUCAAACUGAUGAAAAAGGAGAGCCAAUUGUCAAAUUAGACAUCACUGGACUUCUUAAUAAUAUUACAUCCGUUUUCGACGAUUUCGUACCUUCCGAGGAAAUUCGAAAUUUGAAUACUUUGCAAAGAAUGAAUCACGCUUUGAUAGAAUACAGACAGAUACAUCACAGUAAUGUAAUUAAAUUUGUUCAGUCUAUAUCAAUGAAAGAUAUACUGAUGACAGGAAAUGAUCAAAUCAAAUCAAUCACAAAAUUUUUGAUGCACUCAAUUCCUUUUCAAUCUCUUCGGAACGAAGAACAAAUGCAGAUGCUGAAAUCUAUUUGGGUUCAAUGGAAAAGACUGGAACGAUAUGCUUCAACUGCUCAAAUAUUUGGAAAAAGAAUGUACGAGGAUCAAAUUGUGACUCUAGUUCCAGGUCAAGCUGCGUAUCUGAACAAAGUCCGUGUGGAAAAUUGCUCCUUUAUCUACAAAAAAGCGGAAGGAAUGAAGUUUUUUAUGGAGAAUUUCAAUACUCGAAUGAUGGAAGAAGUUGGAAAACCUUUAGUUGAAUUAGAGUUGACAAGUGUGGAGAUUGCAUUUAUGUUGGCUCAGCUUUCCUGGCAGGUAGCAGGAAAAGAACUCCAAGGAGAUGUUUUGAAAGCAAGUGAAUCAGAACAAGAAGCUUUAGCCAAUGAACUUCACCUCUAUUAUAUUCAAGAGCUACGCCUUCCUAAUUAUGCAGCUAGACUUAUCAAAAUUAUGAACAUUAUAAAUUCGGCACAGAAAAUUCACUUUGAACGUCAAAACUUCAUGGAUAUUGUCCGGAUCUUCGAUUUCUUCCGAGUACACGUAUCAGAUCCCGAAAUGUACAAAUCUUAUUUUUAAAUAUUUUCAAUGCAUUCCUGUUUUGACUCGUAUCACUGUUACGCUCAAAUUGUUGACUGGUGGUACUAUUGUUAUCUGAAUUUUAUUAUUAUUUUAUUUUUUUUGUUCAUAAACUUACAGUUCUACUUU